CGCCCUCGCAUCGCCAUAACCACCUCGCCCAAAUCGAAGCCACUCAUCUACCAGAGCCAGAAGACACCACCUCCCUCUCGGCCAGUACCAGUGCCACUGUUCGCGCUGGUAUCGACCGCCGGUGAUGGCCGUCUAGCUCGAGCGUGCCGGUGGGAGGUGGAAGGCAUGGGCUGCUGCUUCAGCAAGAAGCGCAGGAAGCACCUGGCUGGUGCGGCUGUGUUCUCCCGCCACUGCAAGCUGGAGGACAGCGACCCGCCCCCGCCGCCGUUGCCGGAGGAGGAGAAGGUCAAGGAGGUGCUGUCCGAGACCCCGAGCGCUAAGGUGAGGCCUGAGGCGAAGCCUGUCGCCAAUGUGGCGGUUUUGGAGGAGCCGGAGGUGGAGAAGCUGGUGCCAAAGCCUAGAGCUGAUGCGGAAGCCACGGUGAGUGAUCUUGGUAGCUGCAUGUCGCUCGCCACCGAUGAUAGGUCCGAGGCGGCGUCCGAGUCGUCCGUCGCGACCAGCUCGGUGGCUGGGCCGGAGCGGUCACCGGGGAAGCCGGCCAGGAAGCGCCCGGUCUCCGUCUCCGGAGAGCUGGGUCAUGCCCGGUCCCGGCGCGACCGCGCCGUCGCCGCCUACGGCGUCCGCUCCCGCAGCGCCCGGGCCUCGCCGUCCCCUCCGCCACGGCGCGAGCAGCGGGACCGGUCCGUGCGGAGGUCGCCGUCGCCGGCAGCGAAGCGUACGCCGGAGCAUCGCCGCGCCGCCAGCCCAGCCGCGUCCCUCCAACGGAAGCCACCCGUCCCGGUGAGGCCGUCGCCGCGGCGGGUGCAGGAAGCGCCACCUCCUCCGGUCGCGCCCCUUCCUGCGCCUCCACUUCCACAGGCAGAAGACGACGACGCCGUGACUGCCGAUGGCGAGCCCAGCAUUGCUGAUGCCGCCAGCGCCGGCGGCGACGGCCAAGGCAACGGUGACGGCGAGGGGAAGGAGUCGUUGGACAACCCGCUGGUGUCGUUGGAAUGCUUCAUCUUCCUCUAGUGCUCCUCGUCAGGUGGCCUCGCGCUAUUUUCCUUUGAAAAUAGUGUGGUAAUCUGGUUUAGUUUAGGUGUUCUUCGCUAAGCUGGGCGUGGUAAUUUGGUGGCUACGUGUGGUGGUGUAAUGCUACUGUCAUUCCAGUUAACCUAUGUCCGGUGAAAUGAUAGCAGCUUUGACUUUUGGCGUAGGAUGGGCCCUCCGAUCGGAAUUGGACGGCGCUUGAACGUUGGAGGUUCCUUUUGGCUUUUUUCUUUAGAGUCCUUGCUGUAGGAGUAUUUUGUAGAGCUCUUUUCACUAAUCGCCAAUUCCCCAUGUCUAAAUUCUGCUCCCAUGUGGUUAUCUACCAAACAAUGU